AUGGGCAUCUACAUGCGACAAGACUGCACAGGACCCAAUCCCCUCCUAGUCCCGCCCGUCUCUCCCGGAUGCGCCCUCCCAUUCGUCGGAGGGGGAGGCGGGAUCCGGGAGCUACCGCCUCUGAUUGGCUGGGGCGGGAGCGCGGGAAAGCGGCGGCGGGGGCGCCUUCCCGGCGUGCACCGCGCGGGGGAACUGGGAGAGACCUGGGAGGGAACUGGAAGGUCGCCGAUGGCCGAGCCCUGCCCGGGCCCUCCCAGUGCUCCCAGUGCCCCCCAGUGCUCCCAGUUGCCCCCUCCCACUCUGGAGGGGCUCAUUCCCCCCUCCCAUUUUGUGCUGCGUCCCAGGUCCCUGGGGGUGGAGCUUGAGGCAGAAAGGGGGCGUGUCCAUGAAUUGGAGGUGGAGCUGAAAGCACUGAAGGGGCGGAGCCAGCACCUGGAGGCAGAGCUUGAGGCUGAAAGGAGGCGGAGCCAGCACCUGGAGGCAGAGCUUGAGGCUGAAAGGAGGCGGAGCCAGCAGCUGGAGGCGGAGCUUGAAACAGAAAAGGGGCGGAGCCAAUCACUGGAGGCAGAACUUAAGUCAGAAAGGGGGCGGAGCCAAGGACUGGGGGUGGAGCUCGAUGCCCUGAGGGGGCGUGGCCAGCGAUUGGAGGCAGAGCUGGAUGCAGAAAAGGGGCGGAGCCAAAUCCUGGAGACGGAGCUGGAGACCCUGAGGAGGCGGGGCCUUGGCCCAGAGGAGGUGGAGCAAAGCCCAGAGCAGGUGUUGCUGGGCCGCUGGCGCCAGAAGGUUUUCCAGCUGCUGCUGCAGGUGAGGCUGCAGCAGGGCCAGGAGCUGCAGCUGCAGGGACAGGUGCGCUCCCUGGGUGCUGCAGUGGCCGCCGGGUCCCGACAGGUGUCGCUGUUGGAGCUGCGGCUGCGCCAGGGGGAGCAGGAGAGACAGGCCCUGUCCCAGGAGCGGCUCCGGGCGGAGGCGGCCGAGGAGGAACUGGGGAAACUGGGCCAGGCCCUGAGCCGGCUGUUGGGGACACUGGGCGUGGCCCUGGCUGAUGUCACCGUGGCUGUCGGGGCCCUGGGGACCCUCAGCGAGCGCCUGGAACGGGCCCAGCACCGACUGCAGGCGCUGGUGGCCUCGGGGCAGCUCCGGUGGCAGCGGGAGCUGGAGGGGACAGCAGGGGACAGCAGCACGGUGGCCCCGGAGGUGACAUCGGAGCAGGCCACCAAAGGUGGGGAUGGAACCCGGCCAUGCCUGGGCACAGUGUCCCUGGCCCCGUUGGUGACACAUCUCCAGGCCCUUGGUGCCGCCAUCCUUGGGGACAUCGGGGACCCCGCAGUGCCAGCGCCCCCGUGGGGACACAGGUGACAUCAUCAGGGACACAGGGGACAUCAUCAGGGAGUGGUGGCACUGCGGGGAUUGAGAUGAUGUCACUUUGGUGGUGGUGGUGACAUCACUAUGGUGAUGUUGAUGAUGUCACUAUGAUGGUGAUGAUGUCAUGGCUCUGCCCCAGCCCUGGCUCAGUGUCACUUUGUCCCCUCCCAGUCCCCCAUGUCCCCAAAGCCGCUGCAACCAUCCCAGAGGGUCCCCAAAGAGUCCCUGAUGUCCCCAAGGAGGUUCUUUGGUGUCCCCAGCCCCCCCAAUGUCCUCCAGGUAUCCCCACAUGUCCCAAGAAUGUCCCCAGUUUACCCAAGGUGUCCCCAACCCCUCCCAGUGUCCCCAGGAGCCCCCAAAGUGUCCCCAAGGUGUUCCAACCCCCCCCCAAAGUGUCUCCAAAGUGCCCCAAAGGUGCCCCCAGUACCACCCACAGUGCCUGGUACAGCUGGGGACAGACAUGGGGACAAUGGGGACAUUGCUGGGGACAGCCCAGUCCCUCCCAGUCCCUCCCAGUUCGGGGUCCUGAGGAGCUGUUGGGUCCUGGCAGGGUCAAUCAAAGCCCCCACGCCCAUCCCAGAGGGGUCCCGCUGUCCCCCAAGGGGUCCCUGCUGUCCCCAAGGCCCCGCAGUCUCUCCCACCCCACACCAGUCCCAGGUUUUAUUCCCUUUUUUACGUUUUCUUGCUUUUCCUGGCCCUGUUGCCAUGGCGACCUCCUGUCUGUCUGUGUCUCUCUCUCUCUCUCUCUCUUUCUCUCUCUCCCCCCCCACCCCGCCCCUUCUGCAUCGCCAUUGGCUGCUGCGCCCCGCCCCGCGAGCGCUGAUUGGGUGAGAGCGGCAGAGGGCGGGAACAGGAAUCCAGAAGCGUCUUCACCCGUUGCCAUGGAGACCCCGUUGUCGUGUUCCCAUGGUAACAUAAGUCCCGCCCGUCUUGUCCUGCCAUUGGCUGCUGUGCUUGGGAAUGGAAGCGCUGAUUGGCUGGGUUUGAAGGGAGCGGGGCUAAAUGCGGAACUGCUUCUGAAUCAGUACAGACUCAACUGGGACCUGGGCCUGAACCAGUACAGACUGAACUGGGAACAGAGAUAAACUGGGAACUGGGCCUGAACCAGUACAGAUUGAACUGGGAACAGGGAUAAACUGGGAACUGGGCCUGAACCAGUACAGACUGAAUUGGGAACAGGGAUAAACUGGAACCUGGGCCUGAACCAGUACAGACUGAAGUGGGAACAGGGAUAAACUGGGACCUGGGCCUGAACCAGUACAGACUGAAGUGGGAACAGGGAGAAACUGGGACCUGGGCCUGAACCAGUACAGACUGAACUGGGAACAGGGAUAAACUGGGACCUGGGCCUGAACCAGUACAGACUGAACUGGGAACAGGGAUAAACUGGGAACUGGGCCCGAACCAGUACAGACUGAAUUAUGAGUGAUCCCAGACCAGGGGCUAAACUGGGAACUGGAAUGAGCUUGGACCAGUGCCUGAACUGGAACCAGAACCCCAGACUGGUCUGGGAGCCACAGUGAUCACUCACAGACCCAGCACUGGUUUGUACUGGUUCAUACUGGUCCAUCCUGGUCAAUGGCCAUACUCCAGCCCCUCUCUCUGUUUCCUGAGCUCUCUCGGUGUCUGAGCUGCAAGAAGCACUUGUGGCACUGGCUGCAGGGAAUGGCUGCAGCCUGAGGGUCAGCGGGAACGGCCAGAGGGGAAUGGGCACAGUGCCCAAGGGUCAGAGGGAAGGGCUGCAGGGGAACAGCUGCAGCCCAUGGCCAGCCAGAACGGCCGCAGGGGAACAGCGGUGGCUCGAGGCUCAGUGAAAAUGGCCACAGGGGAAUGGCUGCAGGGGAGCAGCCACAGCCUGAGGGUCAGCAGGAACGGCUGCAGCCUGAGGGUCAGCUGGAACAACCGCAGCCCAAGGAUCUGUGGGAAUGGCCACAGCCUGAGGGUCAGCCAGAACAGCUGCAGGGGAAUGGCCACAGCCUGAAGGUCAGCCAGAACAGCUGCAGGGGAAUGGCCACAGCCCGAGGGUCAGCCAGAACAGCUGCAGGGGAAUGGCCACAGCCCGAGGGUCAGCCAGAACAGUUGCAGGGGAAUGGCCACAGCCCGAGGGUCAGCCAGAACAGCUGCAGGGGAAUGGCCACAGCCCGAGGGUCAGCCAGAACAGCUGCAGGGGAAUGGCCACAGCCCGAAGGUCAGCCAGAACAGUUGCAGGGGAAUGGCCACAGCCCGAGGGUCAGCCAGAACAGCUGCAGGGGAAUGGCCGCAGCCCGAGGGUCAGCCAGAACAGCUGCAGGGGAAUGGCCGCAGCCCGAGGGUCAGCCAGAACAGCUGCAGGGGAAUGGCCACAGCCCGAGGGUCAGCCAGAACAGCUGCAGGGGAAUGGCCGCAGCCCAGGCUCAGCUGGAUGCGCCGCUCUCCCUUGGGCUGUGCCACCGAGCGCUUCCCGUGGCCCAGGUGGUGUCUGGCCUCACCAGUGCGUGGGCUGUGUGGCCACUGUGGCACAGGAGCUUGUGGCCGUGUGGGUCAUCCAGUGUUCAGCUGGGCAGCACUGGGGGUUGGUCAGCAGUGGGAUGUCCGGUGUGGUCACUGUGAUGGUGGCUAGCUCAGGUUUGAUGUAGAAGAUGGUGGGGGGGUCUGGUGGCAUGGCCAGAGGAGUGUUGGUGUCAUCUGGCACAAUCCAUGAGGGGCCUUUGUCGUUGUCAUCGCUGUCAUCAUCUUCGCUGUCAUUGUCACCAUCCUCCAUGAGGAUCUUGAGGAUCUCCUGGGAUGGCAGAGACAGGGAUGUGGUGGUGGCCACGCCGAGCUGGAGGAGCUCCUUGGUGGUGGCGUGGGUGGCCCAGGAGGAAGAGGAGAAGCAGGAGAAGAAGGAGAAAGAAGGGUCAUUGUUGCCAUGGAUUGUCACAAUGUCACCAUGGAUUGUCAUAUUGUCACCAUGGAUUGUCCUGUCCCCACCAUGGGUAGUCCUAAUGUCACCAUGGAUGGUCCUGAUGUCACCAUGGAUGAUGAUAAUGUCACCAUGCAUUGUCUCAAUGUCACCAUGGAUGGUCCUGAUGUCACCAUGGAUUGCCCCCUCACUGCUGUGAGAACCUCAUGGUGACAAUGACAAUGGUCCUUCUCCACUGCGGUUAAGCCACAGGGCCACAACAGAGGGUCCAUGAGGAAGAGGAGGAGGAGGAGGAUGAAGAUCUUUCUCCACUGUGGUUGGCACGCAAUGACCCACUGGGACCGUGGGUGGUGUGUGACAAUGACAAUGGAGACUCUUCACUACCAUGGACUGCCCUUGAUGACAAUGGAGACCCUUCAUGACCUUGGUUGGCCUUUGACAACAGUGGAGAUCCUUUAUGGCCAUGGUUGGCUCGUAAUGAUGAUGAUGAUGAUGAUGAUGAUGAUGAUGAUGAUGAUGAUAAAGGCAAAGACCCAUCAAGACAUUCACAUCAUGGACAUUCCACAAUGAUGAUGACCCUUCAGGAAGACGAGUGGUCCUUGACGAUGACGAUGAAGACCCUUCACGACCACAGAUGGUCCAUGACGAUGACAAAGGCAAAGACCCAUCAAGACCAUGGGUGGCUCUUGAAGAUCAGGGAUGGACCCAUCAUGGUCAUGGAUAACCUUUGAUGAUGACAAUGACAGUGAAGACCCAUCAAGGCCACGGAUGGACUCAUGACCAUCACAGAAGUUCCACAAUGAUGAUGACUCUUCAUGACCACAGGCAUUCUUUUACAUGGUUCCAUCAUCACCAUGAACGUUCUGUGACAGUGCUGAUGACAGUGAUGAUGACCCA